AUGGCAGCUACUCAAGGCGUUCCACGCCAUUUCCAAGUCUCCAAAUUUUUGGAGCUUUUGAAGACCUCUCAAUUCGCAUGGUUUGCAGGCCACUUGGUGGUUUUGACCUGCGCCAUCUUUUACUUUCUCACUUUCCGCGGUGGGGCCUCUGGGCUACACAAUUCGCUCUAUCGAGUGUUGUAUCUAGGUGUUAUUGAGUCAUUUGGUAUUAUUAUUUACCAGCAGCACUUUAAGCACCGUUCCCAGGCUAGCGGAACCGCGGGAGCAGCAGGACCUACGCCAACAAUCCCACAACUACUUCUACGUGAUGACAACUCUAUGUACGUUGCCAUUGCACUCAUGUGGUUUCUAACUCCCCGGCUAACUGUGACGAUGGUCCCAUAUGUCGUUUUUUCAUUCUUCCAUUUCCUCACGUACUUGAAGUCAGUUAUUUUGCCUCAAGUCUUCGAAAUUGGACCAGACUCCAGACUGUCAACAAUCAUUGACAGAUUCAUCCGCGAAAACAAUGACCGUUCCAUGGUGUGGUCCAGUUUUAGUGAACUCGUUUGCGUGAUUGUGGUCUUGGUACGCGCGCUCUUGUGGUACCCAAGAUCGUGGAUUGUGGCCGUUGUUUACUGUCUAUUCAUCAAAAUCCGUUACGAGACUUCGCCUUACACACGUAGUGGUAUCAAGAGAUGGGAGGUACGUCUCGAUGGGCUCAUGAGUCACCCAGGAGUGCCUGUCGCUUUAAAAAACGGAUACGUCCACUUCAAGAACAACGUUCGCGAGCUACGAAAGUACAAUCUGUCCGGCACCCCACCAGCCAAGAACAUGUGA